CCCCCCCGGCGGGAUUUGACGCUGUUAAAGUUGUGAGCUGGUAUGGUUCUGAUUAGUGGUGUAAGAGGGGUGUAAUGGUCUUGCCUCAGUCUCCACCAAUGGAAAUAUGGGCAAGGCUCAACACCCAUCUUCGGGUCUCCUGCUAUAUAACCGGCGUGCACCCCCCUCCUGUCCAUCUUCGGUAACGGAGGCUAAUUAACGCGCCGCAGCUUUUCUGAAGAGACUUUCUGUUGCAUCUUAAAUGACUUCUAGGCUGGAUAACGAGUGCAGCUUGGUUCAGAUGAAUGGGACUGGAGUCCACGGCAAAAGCCUGAAUGGGAGCGGAGUCAAAGGGAAGGGAGUAGGACAUGGGAACAACAUCCACCACGUCAGUGUGAAGGGCAGUUUGUAUCCAGCCAAAGCCAAGAGCCGCAGGCAGCGAUGGGAGGUGAAGCCCUCGGAGAUGGCCAACAACACGCUCAAUCCCAUCAGAGCCAUAGUGGAUGGGAUGAAGCUCACUCCCAACCCGGAUAAACCCAUGAUCGCUCUUUCCAUAGGGGAUCCCACUGUGUUCGGAAACAUGCCUACAGACACCGCUGUACUGCAGGCCAUGAAAGACGCCAUCGACUCCCAGAUAUACAACGGCUAUGCUCCUUCCGUUGGUUACCUGAAGAGCCGACACGCGGUGGCCAACUUUUACACGUGCCCUGAGGCUCCCCUAGAGGCAGAGGAUGUCAUUUUGACCAGUGGCUGCAGUCAGGCCAUUGACCUGGCUAUCAGUGUCCUGUGUAACCCAGGGGACAACAUCCUGGUCCCAUGCCCAGGCUUCUCCUUAUAUAAGACUCUGGCUGUCUCCAUGGGUAUCGAGGUGAAACUCUACAACCUGCUGCCAGAGAAGUCAUGGGAGGUUGACCUGCAACACUUGGAGAGCCUGAUUGACGAGAAGACAUCCUGUCUGAUUGUUACCAACCCAUCCAACCCGUGUGGCUCUGUGUUCAGCAAGGAGCACCUUCAGAAAAUCCUCAAAGUGGCCUCCAGACACUGUGUUCCCAUUCUGGCUGAUGAAAUCUACAGCAACAUGGUUUUCCCAGGUUGCAGUAGUCCUUCCGUGGCGUCUCUCAGCAGCGACGUUCCCAUCCUUUCCUGCGGCGGCUUGGCUAAGCGCUGGCUGGUCCCGGGUUGGAGAAUGGGAUGGAUCCUCAUCCAUGACAGGAAUGAUAUAUUUGGAUCCAAGAUUCGACAGGGUCUGGUGAAACUGAGUCAGCGUAUUCUGGGAGCCUGCAGUAUCAUACAGGGUGCCCUGGAAAGCAUCCUAAACAACACACCUCAAAGCUUCUACAAUGACACCAUUCACUUUCUGAAGACCAACUCGGAGAUUUGUUUCAAUGAGCUGCGCACCGUCCCCGGCCUGAACCCCAUCAUGCCUUCAGGAGCCAUGUACCUCAUGGUGGGGAUUAACUUGGAUCGCUUUCCAGGUUUUAAGAGCGAUGUGGACUUUACUGAACGGCUGGUGACGGAGCAGUCUGUCUUCUGUCUGCCUGCCUCAGCCUUUGAGUAUCCUAAUUUCUUUCGCAUUGUGGUGACCGUGCCAGAAGAGAUGAUGGUGGAGGCUUGUGUUCGGAUCAAGGAGUUUUGCCAGCGCUACUAUUGUUCCGUCAGCCACGACAGUGCUUAUCUGGACCAGUAAUGCGGCGGAGCUGGACCAGUCUGAUGGCAUGGGCCUCGUGG